AGGUCACUGAAUCGAAUGGCAGUCUUUGCCCAGACUGUACUUUCCUCUCUUCAGCUCUGUGACUGUGAGAGUGUGAGUGCUGCUCUCUUCCAUUGCCACACGAUGUCAGACUGUCUCCCAAACGAGGUUAUCACCGACAUCCUCUCACGACUGCCGGCGAAGUCGCUGAUCAGAUUCAGGUGCGUUUCAAAGGAAUGGUGCUCUCUUAUCUCCAGCCCCCAUUUCAUCGCCACCCACCUUAAUCGCUCUCUUUCCAACUCCCAACACCCACAAUGCCUUUUCCUCAGCCAUUACGACAACAAACCCGACUAUCAAGACGCCAUACACACCUUCGUGCUAUAUCUCGAUCAAGAAAUAGAACAGAAAGGGGAUUUCUUUGCACACCCAUCAGCUUCUAUAGAAUUGCGGGGUAUAGACCAGAGCAUCAAGUAUUUCUUGCACUUAGUGGGUUCAUCUAACGGCCUACUUUGUCUUGCCAAUAUGAAUUUCAAUAAGGAGAGAGGGUUAUGUGUUCUCUGGAACCCUUCUAUUCAAAAAGCCAUUUCCCUUCCGGAGCCUAAUCUUCAAUUUUGCGGUUCGCUGAACCAAUCUGUUGGCUUUGGGUAUGAGCCCGUGACCGAUGAUUACAAAUUGGUGAGGCUUGUGUAUCGAGACACUGAUUUCCACGCUUGGGGUAAGAUUGUUCCACCUCUGGUUGAGAUUUAUACGCUUCGAACCGGCAUAUGGCGCUCCAUUACGGCCCCCGGUCCUCCCUACCUCAUGAAGAUGUGGUCCUCAUCGGUUUUCAUGAAUGGGGCAGUCCACUGGCCCGCACAAGCUCCACUGCGUCAGGGCGCCUUUCGCAAUGUGAUCGUGUCGUUUAAUGUCAAGGAUGAGGCCUUUGGUGAAGUGGGUAUGCCUAAGAGUUUACAAGGGCGGAAAGACUUGGAAGUUAUUGUGACGCUAGUUGAUGGGUUGCUUGCUUUUGUACACAGGGAGAGAACGUUAUUGAGGCCAUAUCGAAACGAAUUUGGCAACGUUAUUGAGGCCGUGUGGGUGAUGAAAGAGUAUGGAGUAGCGGAAUCUUGGACUAAGCUGUUUGAUGUUUGCAUUGGGAGAUUUGAUAGGGUGAUAGGCUUUACAAAGAGUGGUGAAGUUCUAGUGCGCAAGGCUGGAAGCGGUGGAAGGUUGUUUUCUUUCGGACCAAGUAGCCGAGGAUAUUUGGAUCUUCCCAUUUGUGGCCCAGAGGAGAUUUAUUUGGAUACUUAUGUGGAGAGCCUUGUUCUACUGAAUGUAGCAGACCGAGUUCCGGGGCGACAAUUAAGGCGAGGUCCUCGAUGCUAGUUCCCCGUUGUACUUGUUACGAUUACUGAAUUAGUGUGCUUAAUAUAGGAUUAUGAAUAAUAUUAAAAUUUCCUAUUUCAA